AAUAAUGGCAGAGGAAUAUACGGAGGGAGAGAGACGCAAAACAUCCGGGGAAAGGCCCUGUCUUUAAUUAAGACAAAAAGAAGAUUGUGGGGAUGAAAAGAAGGAAGGAAGGAUGUCACUGACGGGUGAAACGGAAAUGACAGCCGCGAGAAGAACUGAGUUCCAACUUCCGAGUCUUUCCUCGCCUUAAUCGUCUUCGUCCCCCCCUUUUCUUCUCCACUUUAAUUGCCGUAUAUAUAUUUGUUAUUAUGAUUUAUAUAUAUGCAAAGUAAUUAUAGUAUAAUUAUAUUACCCCGAUCGACCGUCGUUCCUUGCCUGCCUGCCUGGCCUGCUGCGCGCACAAGAGAAAGAGAAAGAGAAAGAGAAAAACACGUUUGGGUGCAGGCAGGGGGCGCAUUUUCCUCGGUCUGCGCAGAGUCUCUCCCGUCAUUCCCGUCGGACUAUAUUUAAUCCCUUCACCCAAAAGAUUUUCAACCCCCGGCCGGCUUCCUCCUCAAUUUUCUUCGUCAAUUCUUCCCGCCGGGAUCCAAGCUAAGAUGAAAGGAGGUGGUUUCAAAGUGAAGGGUAGAGAGUUAACUUUUCUCCUAAUUGUGCUUGUAUGCAUAACCAUCAUUAUGCUGGCAUGGGAGAGAACCCCACUUCUUUCCGCCUCACUUCCCGUCAUAAGGACAUACUCAGCAAUGAUGACUUUUAUUCUGUUAUCUACCUGUGCCACCAACGAAAUUUGUUUCUUUUCCCUGACAGAGAUAUCACUGAACUUAACUGAUAUGAAGGAGAAAGAUAAAGUCUUCACAGAAGUAGGCAAAUAUCAAACUGCAGAUAAAACUCUAAGUUUGAGAGAAGCAGAAGGAAAACCUAAUCAGAAUGUUCAACGGAGUUUGAAUAUUACAUCAAACAAAGCCGCUGAGGGGGGACAAGAUGACGAGAAUACAGAGAAAGUAGGAGAUAAUCAAGUUUGUAAUUAUGCAAAAGGGAAGUGGGUGGUAGAUGACAGCUUGCCUUUAUAUUCUGGAUUUGAAUGCAAGCAAUGGCUUGCAUCGGGGUGGGCCUGUCGGUUGAUGCAACGGACUGAUUUUUCAUAUGAGAAGAUCAGAUGGGAACCGAAAGAUUGUAAAAUGAAGCGAUUCAAAGGUGACGAGUUCUUGAAAAGGAUGCAUGGAAAGACCCUAGCUUUUGUUGGAGAUUCAUUAGGACGCCAGCAAUUCCAGUCUCUAAUGUGUAUGAUCACUGGAGGGUUAGAAAGAAACGAUGUCCUCGAUGUAGGAGAUGAGUAUGGAUUUACCGCCCCUGAAAAUGGCCGUCCGAGUGGGUGGGCUUAUAGGUUCCCCACCACGAACACCACUGUCCUUUAUUACUGGUCUUCUUGCCUCUGUGAUGUGGAACCUAUCAACACUGAAGAUCCAGACACAUACUACGCCAUGCACCUCGAUCGACCGCCAUCUUUCCUGCGUGAAAAUCUGCAUAGAAUUCACGUCCUGGUUCUUAACACGGGGCACCACUGGAACCGCGGGAAGCUGAAUGCUAAUCGGUGGGUCAUGUAUGUUGGUGGCGUCAAGAAUACCAACAAGAGGCUGAUAGCCAUGGGGGAUGCCAAGAAUUUCACAAUUCACAGUAUUGUUAGUUGGGUGGACAGCCAGCUGCCGAAGAAUCCGCAGUUACAGGCUUUCUAUCGUAGCCUAUCUCCCAGACAUUUCUUUGGUGGGGAAUGGAACACCGGUGGGAGUUGUGACAACAUGACGCCCAUGUCUAUAGGCAAGGAACUAGUGGAAGAGGAGUCUAGUGAUUACAGUGCCAGGAGUGCGGUGCAGGGAACAGGGGUUAAGAUUUUGGAUAUAACAUCUUUGUCCCAGCUUAGGGACGAGGGUCAUAUCUCAAAAUACAGCCUAACAGCGGCGCCCGGUGUGCAAGAUUGCUUGCAUUGGUGUCUGCCUGGGGUUCCUGACUCAUGGAAUGAAAUCCUCUUUGCACAAAUCAACUGAUGUGUUAAAAUAGGUAUCAGUAAGUCGAUAUUCAUACAGUUAGUGGCUUGAGGUAGAAGUGGGUGGAGAAGAACCAAUCCAAGCUCUUUUCUAGCUGUGGGAAGAAGACUUGUGGGUCGAAGGUGGUUAAGCUAGACAGGGUUUGACUUGUGGCUACUCUUUGGAAAUGCGGACUAGUGCAGUUUGUAUCGAAACUGUAAAUAGUGGCUAGCUGGAAGGGAUGGGAAGGGAAGAUUGAGGAGCAAGCAUUUGGUCAGUGGAGUAUAAUUGUUGUCCCCAAUUACAGAGUUCGUUCCAUUGUCGGUUGACAGACGGUAACUUUGUACCAAAACACACGUAUACACACGGAGGCAUUGACGAGGAAAACCAACCAAGGGCACCUUAUAGGUAGAUAAUGCAAUUUGUAAUCUGUCACUUGGAGAUAGCUAUGGAAGCCUAAAUUUUGGAUUUGAUUAAAUCGUAUUUUGAUUUGAUAAUAAUAAUAAUAUUAUUAUAUGUCAAGAGUCAGAUCCGUCACUUGGCCUUGCGUGAU